CUAUUCACUUUUUCUGCCUGUGUGCUUAUCUACAUAAUGCCGCAGGGAUGGGAUACCCAGUACUUCGAGCCUUGCCUUCGACCAGAUAAGUUAGGUACCUGAUAAAAGCUUCGAACUGAUACGGGCAGCUACUAGACAAGUUGAAAAACGUAAACGGGUAGUAAGGUAGUAUACAGUCCCGCAAAUCACAGUGUCUCCUAGCCCUUAAACCACUAUUGCUCCUACUUAUAGUGGCUGAGACUUGCCCAAUUAGUUGUUUACCUACCUAGGUAGGUAAGGUAGAUAUCGAAGUGGAACUCUCUGUAAGUAGGUAGCAAAGGUCAAGAGUAUGUAUGCACAAUACGUAAGGCUCUCCCACGUUUAUCUUGCCUUAGGUAUAAGUCUAUAAUCGCCCUGGCUUAAACCUUUCUAAACUCACCUCUACACUCACCUCACAUAUGCCUCAAAAUGUCUGACGAAUUCACGUCCUCGACGUCAACUCCGACGUCUUCUUCAAGUAUAUUCAACGAUGAAUCGACCGCCCUGCUGCCAAAAGCGCCCCUAACAGAUGUCCGACCCGAUAUUCCGCAAUACCGGCAAUCGCUGGCCGAGAUCUGGCUCUUGACCAAAGCAGCUAUCCCGGUGAUACUGGCUUACACGCUCCAAAACAGCCUCCAGACUGUCUCGGUCUUGAUCGUCGGCCGCCUCUCCCCGGAAGCGCUGGCAACGGCGGCGUUUUGCUAUAUGUUCGCCAUGUCCACAGGCUGGCUGAUCGCCAUGGGCGGCACAACGGCGCUAGACACCCUCGCAUCCACGAGCUUCACCGGGUCGCGGGACAAGCACGACCUCGGCAUUCUCCUCCAGCGCGGGAUCAUCGUACUGUCCUCGUUUUACGCUGUCGUAGCCGCAAUAUGGGCAUUUUCCGGACCUCUGUUCCGCGCUCUGGGACAGGAGGAAUUCAUCUGCGAAGAGGGCAGCAAGUUCCUGCACAUCCUCAUCCCGGGAGGCCUGGGAUACGUCUGGUUCGAGUCCAUGAAGAAGUACUUGCAGGCCCAGGCCAUAUAUCGCCCGGGCACGUACGUCCUCCUGAUAACUUCGCCGCUCAACGCCCUGCUCAAUUACCUCUUCAUCUACCCGUUUGGCUUGGGCCUCUACGGCGCGCCCCUUGCGACGGGGAUAUCGUAUUGGAUCUCUUUCCUGCUUCUCGUUGCAUACGCGGCUUUCGUCCGCGGCCACGAGUGCUGGGGGGGCUUUGCUCCCCGCCGCGCAGCCUCGAACCUCUGGCCGUUUGUGCGCCUGGCUUUCCUGGGAGUAAUCCACGUGGGGACCGAGUGGUGGGCGUUUGAGAUCGUUGCGCUGGCCGCCGGCAGGCUCGGGACCAUCACCCUUGCGGCGCAGUCCGUGAUCAUGACCGCCGACCAGAUCAUCAACACGAUUCCGUUCGGCCUGGGCGUCGCGGCCUCGGCGCGGAUCGGAAACCUGCUCGGAGCGCGGAAGCCCCGCGAAGCGUCGCGCGCCGCGCACUGCGCCGCGGUCCUAUCUACGAUCCUCGGCGCUCUUAUCCUCACCGUCCUGAUGAGCACCCGGAACGUGUUCGCCAGGAUAUUCAACGACGACGAGCGCGUGGUGCGCCUCGUCGCGGACGUGAUGCCGUUCGUUGCGCUCUUCCAGAUCGCCGACGGGCUGAACGGGAGCUGCGGCGGCGUGCUGCGGGGUAUGGGACGGCAGUGGGUUGGCGCGUUGGUCAAUCUGAUCAGCUACUACGGCGGUGCGCUGCCGGCGGGAAUUUACCUUGCUUUCCACGGAUGGGGACUCCAGGGCCUGUGGAUUGGACAAUGUAUUGCUUUGUACUUAGUGGGAGUUUUAGAAUGGGUGAUCGUCGGGUUAAGUAAAUGGGAUAAAGAGGUUGAUAGGGCGUUAGAUAGACUUGAUGCUGGUGAGGUUCGGGACGACUGCGCAGCUGGAAUAGGAGAGGUGGCUGAUCGGAGUGAAGUGUAAGACAGGUAAGUAAGAAAUAAGGAUACAGUGUGAAAUAUUAGAAGCUUCAUAUGAGCGUAACUAUAAUAUCCUACCUAGUUAAAAACAUUUGUUUCAUAAAGCUUAAAUAGUAAUAACGGUGCUCAAAAGUAUUUACCUUAGGUACCUCACACAAGUGACAAAUGCCAC